AUGAACACAUACUGUUACUAUAGCGAGGGCAUGCCGUCUCCUACCCUUCCCCACCCGGCGCCCGCGCGCCCGCGGUCUGCACACCGGACAGGACCAGCGCCGGACCCCGUCGUCACUCCAACCCCCCAUCAGCCAAAUCUCACCCGCGGAUGCAGCAAGUUCCACAAGGUUGCCAGCGGCCAGUUCUGCGCCGAUGUUGCCAGUGAAUAUGGUAUCAGCCUGGAGAACUUCUAA